AUGCUGGUCUCCAAGACCAGUAGCAGCAUGACCCCCAGAGACGGUCCACAGUUCAGCCUGCAGGGCCACAGCGCGAAGCUCUGGGUCUGUCUGGAAGUGAUCACGAGGACACCCCAGACCCAGGCCAGCUCUCUCCUGAGUGACCCCAUGGAGGAGAGGAACGGCACCAACUCCACCAGGUUCCUGCGGCUGCCGGAGGGGACAAGUGCUGCCUGGUACAUCCUCACCAUCGUCGGCAUCUAUGGGGUGAUCAUCUUCUUCCGGUUAGCCAGCAACAUCCUCAAGAAGAAUGAUAAGUCCUUUGAAGAUAUUUAUUAUUCAAAUUUGACGUAUGAGCUCAAAAAGAAAACGUUCGAGAGCAAGGUGGCCAAAUGCUCCUCGCAGACCCUUAGCAACACAGAUGUCCUGCAGCCCGGCCAGGCCAGCCUAGGGUCAAAGUGUGCAAAGAGUGGACCUCAAAUUGGAACCCAGGGAAUCCACUGAGAGAGAAGGCAGAAGACUGAAGGGAUCAGCUUUGGAUUUACCUGGAACUUUAACAGAGAGGUCACACCCUUGUUCUUGGGACCAAGAAAGGCAUCACUGAGCUGAGCCUGCUGGAUGAUGGCUCUGUGACUGGAAGCCAGUAGCCUGUGUCCAUCUGGGGCUUUCUGAUGAUUGGAGAACAGACAGUGGCAGA